AUGGUCGUCGAUCGCCUCUUGUCCACGCUAUUGCGCUCGCUGCAGACAUACACGGAUCAGCAAGACACGCCGCGGCUAUUGGGAACCGCGUCUUCGCUCCUCACUACGCUCGGCAAUCCUCACAACCUCAGUCUCCUUACUUCGCAUCUCCUUACAGCGCCAGCACUGUGGGACCGCCCCGAUGGCGUCCGAACGCCGCUCCGCAUGCUCUCCGUCUUUCACUCUGCCGUCACCACCAUCAUCAAUCACCACAACGACGUCCGACAUAACAAAGCAGCCAAACUUGCGCCGGGACAGACGCCUAUUGGGGGAGGUCUGUCACUGGAUGAAUGGGUACGCGCCGUAGUCGCAGGAGCCGACGACCGGAGCCGGCGAUGGAAGCACCUGGUUGUCCUCACGGGCCUGCUGAUCGGUAUAGGGAGCCUUGAAGAGCAGGGAAUGGAUCUAUACUGGGCAUCCGCUAUGCGAAAGAGAGUCGAGGCCGCAUUGGUUCGCGCGACGAAUCUCGCCUUGGUGGAAGUCCGGGAACGUUCCGAGGCAGAUGGACUCGGAGGCCAGACAAUAACACUGACGCUCAACCAUGCCUUUGGAUGCAUCGGGCAUGUGGAAAGAACGCAGAUCGAUUACGAUCUUCUACUACCGGUCCUUAUCGGGACGGCAUAUUACUCGAAUGAAGGCUUCCAGUCGGCCUACUUCCUUGGGGGUUUGGAUCUCGAUGUGCGAACAACUCAGUCUGGGAAGCUGGACUGGAGUCCACACUCGAGCUCCUACAGACAAGUCGAAGUCAUCAUGAACAGACCCCUAGUAUCGUCCAUGGGUCCACUAUCACGGCUAAUCGCGCAUUCUGUCGAGAACGUCAAGAACCCUUGGAUCAUCCAGACAAUGAUGGACGACCUCGCUAGUUUCUCUCGCGCUCUUACCACACAAUGGCGGCAGACCAAGUUUUCGGACAUCGAGCCCUCCGAAGAGUCAGCCAAUCUGGAAGAAGAGGCGCUUCACAAGACCACUCCGCAACUGUGGAAUUUACUCAAGGCGGCCCUGUUUGCUACUACUAUCAUACUGCGUGGUGUCUUCACACGAACGUUGGCUGAUAAAGCACUGGCUGCGGAUGCCAUCGCCCCUAUGCUAGCAUCACAGGCUCUGCAAAUUCUGCGGCACCUUUAUUUCAUCACCUCCCGGCUUGGCCCAGCGUCCUUUUCCCAGCACACCUUCGUCUACCUUACAGCCAUAGACAUUCUCUCUGCAUACCCCAAUCACGCCGACAAGCUUCUCAAAACCAUCGCGCCCCAACACCUGGGGCAGAUACCAAGCCAUCCUCUUGACCGUAUACUGGACCUCUACUUCCUCAAUACAGCAGAACACUUCACUCUGGUCCUAUCGCCCGCCACAAACGAGGAUUUGCUUGUUGCAUCAGCUGUGCCAUACCUUGCAGCUGGCGAGAAUCGUCAUAUGCUGCCAGUAUUCGAGGCCGCUCACAGCGUCAUGCUGGCAGUUUUGUCCGCUCCACAAUCUGCUGAGAUCACAGCAAAACAUCUUCCUUUCUACAUCGACGCGCUCUUCAGCGUUUUCCCCCAUAAUUUGUCACCACGCCAGUUCCGCCUAGCUUUCAAGACCCUAAUGCGGGUCACGGCUCCUCCUUCCACUUUAUCAGCAACCCAUCCAGAUCUCCCAGCUACGCUACUAGAGCUCGUCUUCCACCGUGCGCUCAACGCUCCUACACAGCCACUGCCACCUGAUUCGGUUGCACUCGCUCUGCAAGGCUCAGACGCACCACCUCCCGCUCUUUCGGAACAGGCAGUGCUCGCAUUGACCCUUAUUGAUGCCUUGCCGUUUCUCCCUAUAUACCUACUCGAAGAGUGGCUGCCUCUGUGCGCUGAACUUCUCAACCAAAUCAACGACGAUGAGAUGCGGGAGAAUGUCAAAGCGCGGUACUGGGAAGUACUCGUCAGCGGUGAGAUGGAUGCAGAACGUAGCGGUGUUGCUGUGAACUGGUGGACAACGAGAGGUGGUAGGGAAAGAGUGCUUUACGGAAGAGAAGACGAGUUUGGCAUGAUGACAUCCGAGUCCAUUGCUGGCAAGAACGUAGACAGAUACUCCAAGAACCGAGACACGCCACUGUUGGUAGAUAUUCAGAAGCGGGAGGACAUCGUGGCUCGACGCGAGGCAGAGCUAGAGGAGCGACAGAGCGCCCUCAGGCGACGGGAAGAGGAGGUAGAAGAUUGGGAGAAUACGGUUCUACGGCGGGAAAUUGAGGUGGAGGAGAAGGAGAGGAUUGCUAACAGGGUGGGUGUGAGUUUGGGUAAGAAGAGGAAGGAGCUUAAAAUUUUGGAGAAGAGUGUUUUGAGAAGGGAGGAGGCGUUGAGGGAAAAGGGUGUUUGA